GGCAGUGGUGAUUGGGUUUCUGCGCCCUGUACUGGAGCCAAUCAGAGGAGUACCGGACACUGAGACACGCCUGGUGACAUUUUAGGAGGAAAAUGGAGCAGUUUACCUCCACAACAGGUGGGGAGCAGAUAGUUGUUCAGGCAGCAAAUGGACAGAUCCAGCAGCAGGUACAAGGCCAACCCCUGAUGGUUCAGGUGAGCGGAGGGCAGCUAAUUACUUCUUCUGGGCAGCCCAUCAUGGUACAGGCCAUGUCUGGAGGUCAGGGCCAGACCAUCAUGCAGGUUCCUGUGACUGGAGCUCAGGGUUUGCAGCAGAUCCAGCUGUUGCAGCCGGGACAGAUCCAGCUGCAGGGAGGACAGACACUGCAGCUGCAGGGGCAACAGGGUCAGCCUCAACAGAUCAUCAUUCAGCAGCCCCAGACUGCCAUUACUGCAGGACAGAACCAGGGCCAGCAGAUUACUGUCCAUGGCCAGCAGGUUGCCCAGACUGCUGAAGGACAGACCAUUGUGUACCAGCCUGUAAAUGCAGACGGCACUGUACUUCAGCAGGGCAUGAUCACCAUCCCAGCAGGCUCUUUGGCUGGCACCCAGAUCGUUCAGGCAGCAGCGGGAGCAAACACCUCGACCACCAACAGUGGGCAAGGCACAGUUACAGUCACAUUGCCUGUGUCUGGCAGUGUAGUCAACACUGGAGGCAUGGUCAUGAUGGUGCCAGGAGGAAGCACGGUACCCACCAUCCAACGUAUUCCUCUGCCCGGUGCUGAGAUGCUGGAGGAGGAGCCACUUUAUGUCAACGCCAAACAGUACCACCGCAUCCUAAAAAGAAGACAAGCACGUGCCAAACUGGAGGCUGAGGGCAAGAUUCCCAAAGAGAGAAGGAAAUACCUGCAUGAGUCUCGGCACAGACAUGCCAUGCAGAGGAAGAGGGGAGACGGAGGUCGUUUCUUUUCUCCGAAAGAAAAAGAGGAGAUGGCUUUGCUAGCGCAGGUGAGGCUGCAGGAACAGAGAGUCAAACAGGAGGACUUCCACUCAGCCACCGAAAUCACAGGCUCUCACUGGCUCCCUGAACAAAGCAUGCCUCUUGCUUAGCUCCUGUCCUUUGCUUAUGCACUCACUGCCAGCGCAUUAUCCAACCCCCUCCAGCCUUCUUGCUUAGCUGUGCUUUUCUAAGCCCUUUCACGGGUCAGUUAUAGUGUCGUUUUUCUGAAAUACUGAAGACUGCUUGGUCAGCAUUUUAAUGCUGGACAGUUUGACCGAAAGCUGAAGUUCCUGAGCUAAAGGCCUCAGAGCUUUUCUUUAAAACUCACUCUGAAACAGGACUCCAGUGAGGGCUGGAGAAGCCAAGAUUAUGUGGUUCACUUAAUUAGCAUACAUCCUGCUUUGUAACUGUGCUUAGAUAACGUGUACACUACAGCUAGGAACAGUUAGGGGUAAAAGGCGAAAAUGAAAUACUGAGUGUAAAACAAAUGUAAGUUUACCAUGCAUUAUUUUUUACAACUUAUUGCUUUAAACUAGUGGUCACAUUUUUUAAAGACAGCAUAAAGUGGAUAUGGCAACACAAAAGUACUGCUCAGUGCUAAGUUAUUUUUUCCUUGUCUGUUCAGUUGAUUUGUCCCAUUCAUGAUGCAUUAUUUUGUGUUGCACUGUUGUGUUCAUUUUCUCCAUAUUUUUGGUUGGUUUUGUAAUAUUUACUUUGAUCCAUGCCUGUCAUAUGUUGGUUUUAUCAUUUAUGAAUAAACAAUUCCCAACAGUAAAUGUUUAACAGCCCCAAAAUGU